UUUGAUAAUUUAACACAAAAUCUUCUCAAUGGCUUCAUUGUCCUUAUUUGCAUUUUAGGCCUGGUGGGAAAUGGAACGACAAUUUAUCUCCUGGCCUUUUCCAUUAAGAGGAAUCCUUUCACCACUUUCAUCCUGAAUCUCAUUGCAGAUUUUGGGGUCAUUACAUCCCUCAUUACCUCAACUAUAUUUGUGUCAGUGUUUACUCUGAUUAACAGAACAUACGUUAUCAAUGCCUUUUUCUUCUUACUUUUUGAGUUCUUUUUCUUCACCUAUUCUGCCAGCCAGUUUCUGCUGACGGCCAUCAGCCUGGACAGGUGUGUGGCUGUUCACUUCCCACUCUGGCAUCGCUGCCAUCGUCCUCCAUAUUUAUCCACUCUUGUUUGUGGCCUCAUCUGGAUCCUCUUCUUCCUGCUCUCUGCGGUGCACUUCAUUCUCCACCAGACCAGAACCUAUGGAAGUUCACCGUUGUUUUACCAGCUGAUUGUGAAUGGUUUACUUUGUACGCCUCUCAUGGUUGUGUCUACUGUGACUCUCUUGAUUCCUAUGAGAUCUAAAAUGCAACGCAAUCAAAGGAAACUGCUCACCACCAUCUUGCUGGCUCUUCUUUUCUUCCUCCUGUUUUCUCUCCCAAUGAAUGUCUUUUAUGGCAUUAAAUAUUUUGUUUCCUAUAAUCCCCUCCUCCUGACCAUUGGGGUAGGAGGUGCCACUCUCAACAGCAGCAUCAACCCUCUUCUUUAUUUCUUAGUGGGGAGGAAGAAGAGGGGAAAGGAUCAGCACAGAGCAUCUUACAAGGUUGCUCUGCAAAGAGUCUUCAAGGAUGAGAAGGGAAGCACUCUUGUUUGUGGCCUCAUCUGGAUCCUCUCCUUCUUGCUCUCUGCGGUGCACUUCAUUCUCCACCAGACCAGAACCUAUGGAAGUUCACCUUUGUUUUACCAGCUGAUUGUGAAUGGUUUACUUUGUACGCCUCUCAUGGUUGUGUCCACUGUGACUCUCUUGAUUCAUAUGAGGUCUAAAAUGCAACAAAAACAAAGGAAACUGCUCACCACCAUCUUGCUGGCUCUCCUCUUCUUCCUCCCAAUGAAUGUUUUUUAUGUCCUUGAAUAUUUUGUUUCUUAUAAUCUCCUCCUUAGGAUCAUUGGGGUAGGAUGUGCCACUCUCAACAGCAGCAUCAACCCACUCCUUUAUUUCUUUGUGGGGAGGAAGAAGAGAGGAAAGGAUCAGCCCAGAGCACUUACAAGGUUGCUCUGCAAAGAGUCUUCAAGGAUGAGAAGGGAAGCACGGAAAAGCAGGAAACCAUGGAGGAAGACCAGUUAUAAAGAGUCAUAA